AAGUUCCAGGUCUGAUAUGUAUGGCAGCUCUGAAGAGGUACAGGCAGCCGGCGACGGAAACCGUAAUGCGCAUGGGUCCCGCCAAGAGCCGCGACGCGCCAUUAUGCGGAUUCAUAGGCCUCCUCCGCCGUUGCCGGUCCCCAAAAGGACCUACACUCGAGUUACGAUGAGUUAUCCAGCCAAAAUACUGUUGAUCAAGUUGGUAAAGCAGCAUGAAGAACUCUGGAAUUCGAGAUCGCCUCAUUAUUCAAGAGCAGAUAUCAAAAAGCAGGCUUGGGAGGAGAUUUCUGCAAGAAUGGCAGCAAACGGCUUUGAGUCUAAUAUUGGAAGGCUAAGAGUUAUAUGGAAGAAUCUUCGUGAUCAAUGGAAAAGGAAUCUCAGUUUGAAGGCGCAAGCGCCUCCGGAGAAGGAAUGGUAUUUCCAACGAAGAAUCAACUUUCUAGCGGAAACCUAUGAUGAUGGCGGACGGGGAGGAUUGAUAUACUGCAGUCAUAAUGAUGAUAAUGAUGACGAUUCACCGGAUAUGUGCGAAGCGCCCAAUGAUUCCUUAUAUAGCGUUAAACCUGACGUCUACGUCUACGAUAGCCUGGAAAAAGACUAUGCUACAGAAGGAAGCUUACUUCUUGGUAGCUAUCACCAAAACAAUUCACCGGCACCAAACAUCGAGCCAAAAAUGGAAAAGCAAGAUGACGGGCUUGUUUGUGGUGAAACUUUACUGAAUGUCAUGGAAGAGCAAGUGAAUGGAGGAGGAUCGUCUAGUCAUCCAGUAAAUUCCGCGAGACCUACUACUUCCUCUACUCCGGACUCCGGACCGCGUGUGAAACGAUCGCGAAAGGAGAUCCGAAGCGAAGGUUCCACCGACUCAAAGAUUCAAGAAAGUACCAGUUCAAAUGUACAAUUGUCACCACGCGCGUCAUCGAAAGAGCCAGAUAAUGGUGUCAGUCAACAGUCCGAAAACAAGUCAGAAAAUAAAGGAGACAAAUUUGAUAAAUAUGCUGCCUUUGUCGCGUCAACGUUGAGAGAAAUGCCCGAAGAUGAAGCCAGAAGGCGCAUGAAAGAGAUGACUAUGCUUCUUCUGGAGGGUUUGGACUGACAUAUCAACUCAUGGAUCCUAUCGUUUUGUCUCAUAUCAUUACCGGUGACUUUCAUGAAAUAUAGAAAUUCUCUCUUCUUGCAUACAAUAAUGAAUUGUAUUCUCGGUUAAAUCAUAUGAGCAAGGAAAUAAAGAGGGA